AUGUAUCUGAUGGCAUCCCUGCCUUCCCACGGCGCCUUCCAUGCACCUCUUUGGUAUUCUUGCUCGAGGAGCAAAACCACGGUGAUGGCCACGGCUUUCAAGGCCAUGGAUGGAGUUCCCGGAAAGGCCUUCAGUCCUCGCAAGGCUUCUCAUAGAGACCGAGUCGCUCACUCAUUGCCACCUGAAAAGAGAGAGGUUUUUGAUUCGCUUAACAGUUGGGCAGAGGACAACAUUCUGGUCCUCUUGAAGCCGGUUGAAAGAUCCUGGCAGCCACAGGACUACCUGCCAGACCCUUCCUCGGACAGAUUUUAUGAUGAAGUCAAGGAGCUGAGGGAGCGAGCCGAGGAGAUCCCGGACGACUACUUGGUAUGUCUGGUUGGAGACAUGGUCACUGAGGAAGCACUCCCUACCUAUCAGAAAAUGCUCAAUAUCCUUGAUGGCGGUGUCCGCGACGAAACUGGCAGCAGCCCAACCAGCUGGGCUGUCUGGACGAGGGCAUGGACGGCUGAGGAGAACCGACAUGGUGAUCUCAUGAACAAGUAUAUUUAUCUUACUGGGAGGGCUGAUAUGAGGCAGGUGGAGAAGACCAUACAGUAUUUGGUUGGUGCUGGAAUGGAUCCAAAAACCGAGGCCAACCCCUAUGAGUUUUUCAUUUACACGUCUUUCCAAGAGAGGGCAACCUUCAUAUCUCACGGCAACACUGCAAGGCACGCCAGGAAGUACGGGGACCUGAAGCUGGCCCAGAUAUGCGGCACUAUCGCGGCUGACGAAAGGCGCCAUGAGCAUGCCUAUACCAAGAUAGUGGAGAAGCUCUUCGAGGUCGAUCCCGACUACACGGUUCUAGCCUUCGCCAGCAUCAUGAAGAAGAAGAUCACCCUGCCCGCCCACCUGAUGUAUGAUGGGCAGGAGAACAACCUGUUUGAGCACUUCAGCGCGGUGGCACAGCGGCUGGGCGUCUACACCGCCAUGGACUACGCCGACAUCCUCGAGUUCCUGGCCCAGAGGUGGAACGUCGCCGGCCUCACUGGGCUAUCCGGGGAAGGGCGGCGUGCUCAGGAUUACCUCUGCUCCCUAGGGCCAAGGUUUAGGAAGCUGUUGGAGCGAGCUCAGGGGAGCGAAAAGCAGAUGCCGGUUGUUCCUUUCAGCUGGAUCUAUGGCAGGCAAGUGCAGCUUUGA